UUUGAACACAGUCCUUGGUAUUGCUUGCUUCUGGGGCUGGAGGUGGAGUGCACCUGAGAUGACUUAAGUGAACCCAUGAGGCCAGACCUUCAAGCUUUGCACUGCUGUGAGCUACUAACAGCACUUGGUACGGGUCUUUCCACCUUGGAGAGAGACAGUCUUUCGUUUGAUGCACUUUUCGAUACACCCAGUCUCCAGCUUGCAACUGAUCAACUGCUUCAGUUUCAGAACCACCAUGGACCCAAGAGAAAUGGGGACUGGAGACGUGAGGCAAAGAAGCUCUCAGAAGCAGGCAGAAGAGGAACCACAAGUACUUAAUAGAGAGAUUGAACACCUGGACAGCAUCAUUGCCCACAUCCAAUGGAAGAAACACCUGGAGGUGAUGAAGGCAGAGGUACUGGAACAGGUGCACAAUCAGCUGAGUGACCUCCUGGGCGAGGCCUUGGAAGAUGCAGCUCAUUCCUUCCCCCAGCAUUUGAAUGUGGGCCCAGCAAAGAAGCAAAGCAGAGAGAAAGAUCAACUAUUGAAAGAGAAGAAGAAAGUCUUUGUCUGUCAACGGUCAUUGUUUGACAUAAUGAUGGAAAUGGAGCAUUUCCGCAGUAUCUACCACAUAUUUUUGGCCAUGCUCUGCCUCUUUGCUACCACCAAAAUUAUUGUGGAUUCCAUCGAUGAAGGACGCCUUGUCUUGGAUUUCAAGUUAAUUACCUUCGCUUUUGCACAGCCACAAAUGACAAUCUUUGCCUGGCUCUGCAUGUUCCUCUACACUUUAUCUGUGCCCUACCAGGCCCUGCAAAUAUGGUCUGGCUCCUUGAAGACAGCCAGGUUCCCCGUCCUCUUCACGGUCACCUUGGUGGUGCUGCUGCUGCUCUGUCACAUGGCAUUUCUGGGCUUCUACCCCAUCUAUGUAGUGACCCAUUUUAAUCUGGGACCGGCCUCCUGUUGCAUUGUCACCAUUGAGCAGUUCCGGUUCCUGAUGAAAAGCUACUCAUUUCUGCGAGAAUCUGUGCCUCCUCUUCUCCAUGCCAGGGACCAAAAGGGGAAGAUAAGCCCACCUGAAUUCUCAACCUACCUGUAUUAUCUCUUCUGCCCUACUUUGAUCUACAGAGAGAGCUAUCCAAGGGAGCCAUACAUCCGCUGGAGUUAUGUCAUCCAAAGUUUGGCUAAGUUCCUGGUGGGUAUAUAUUAUAUGAGUCUCAUCCUAGAACACGUCUGCCUCUCUGACUUAAGAAUCAUGCAUAAGCAGCCCUUCAGCAUCAAAACCAUGGUACUCUCCAUCUUCCAUGGAACAAUAGCUGGGACAUUUAUUAUACUCGUGUUCUACUAUUGCUACCAGCACUGCUGGCUAAACAUGUUUGCUGAGAUGCUGCGCUUUGCAGACCGUGGUUUCUAUAAGGACUGGUGGAAUUCCACAUCAUUUCCUGAAUACUAUCGGUCAUGGAAUCUGAUUGUGCAUGAGUGGCUGUACUAUUAUAUUCAACAAGACUUCCUAUGGCUGACUGGAGGGAAAGCCCGAAGUGCAGCUAAGUUAACUGUCUUCAUCGUCUCAGCGGUUGUCCAUGAAUACGCCCUCAGCUUGAGCGUUGGUUUCUUCUAUCCCAUCUUGUUCAUACUUUUUGCCGUCUUCGGAGUGAUAUUUCACUUUACUAUUAAUAAUAAGAGGAAAAGCCCUGUCUGCAACUUCAUCAUAUGGACAGCAGUCUGCUUGGGUUACGGAUUCCUCUUCUCCUUAUACCCCCAAGAAUUUUAUGCACGGAUCCACUGUCCACUCAAGGAGGAGACCUUCUGGGGGCUAGUGAUUCCACGUUCCUGGUCCUGCUACGCAUAAGCAACUAUUUCCAGCCUAUCUUAUCCUAUCCCUCUAUUUUGCUUCAAAAAUGAUGUCUGACGAAGAUAACAUGUCACUCUGCUGCUGCGGCAAGAAGGACUCUCAACACAUCUGGCAUCUCCUCCACUCCCUGCAUGGAAAGCUGUAUUUGGAAAUACCUCACCUGAGGGUGCUAAGAUUUUGCUUGCAGGUUCUAGCCUAGUGGAGACAAAGAAAUGUAGCACCUGACAAAAAAUCUAUGAAGUUCCUUGCUGUGUCAGUCUAUAGUUCUUCUUGGUGCUCAAAUAUCAAAGGGAAAGGGCCUAAGGAAAAUUCAUAAACCACUUGGUUGCUUCCAAGACAGAAAAAACUGUCACUCUCUCUUAACCUACUAAAAAAAAAUGACUUAAGAGUUCCACCAUGAAACACAGUUAUCCCUACCUCCCGAUCUUAAUUCAGACUCUUGCUUUUAGAUCAACAGGCAGCUUUCCAGGUACUGGUGAAAUCCAGCUCCCAGCAGGUCCAAUGAUGAGGAAUGAUGGGAGUUAGAAUUCAGCAAUACCAGGAGGACUAUAUAUAUUUCCUACCACUACUUUAGAAUUUCAUUCAACAUUUUGUCUCCAGCAGCGGAGGCUGAAUUACCACCAGCAGCAUCCAUUCAAUGCCUGUUGUGCACAUGAUUUUAGAAACUAUAUUUGGAGAUGUGGGGUCCCCAAACCACAAUAGAAUAGGCUGCAGUAUGAGAGAAAAGUAAAGCCAUCUGCUCACCAUGCUGUAUUUCUCAUCCGAGGAGGAGGCAAGCUGCUCCUGCAGUAUUUUAAAAAGUUUUUAAAAUACAACAGUCUACUUGCGUUCCAGUAGUUUCUCUCAGUAUAACAAGGUGACGUCUCUUUUAUUUCACUGCAGCGGCUGAAGCCUUGUCUGCAGAGUACCACAUCUGAAUGUUUGCACAGCAUUCAGUAACAUGAAUUUGAUUCAAAACGAUGCUAAAGAGGCAAUCGAGAGAACAUUCUUACCUAGAGCACGAGGUUUGUGUAGCUGUUUUUGCAAUUAUGUUUUUAGUAUUGGGGGAGAGGGCAGGCAUCCUGAAUAAAAAUGUUGUUGGCAU